UACUCUGCUUCCUGCCACAUUCUCUCCUCCUUUGUAUUUCACUACAUCCAACAUACGCGCUAUUCUCUUUCCCCCUUCUUUUUUUUUAUAGUUUCUAUAGUCACCUCAUCACCAUCAUCCAUCAUGCUCAAAUCAUUGGCUCGUCUCUCCACCACUGUUGCAACUACUCAGGCACCAGUAACAGCCAUCUCGACUGCCUCGUCUGCCUCGGCCUCAGUGCUUGCUCGAUCCAUUCAUGCAUCCAGUCAGGACUGCAAUAAACAAUCUAAGACAUAUUCCACCGCUGAUGUACCUUCUGUGACAGGAGUACCACAUCUUCUGACUGACAAUGAUCUGUCACCACAACAGUUGACGAAUAUCAUUCAGAGCGCUUGUAAAUUUAAGCAUGAAGCCAAAGUACUAGGAAAAGCUAGUGGCGCUCCUUUGGCAGGAAAGACCAUGGCGCUAAUGUUUUCGAAGCGCUCAACUCGUACUCGUGUUGCUACCGAGACUGCCGUUACGUAUUUAGGUGGACACGCCAUGUUUUUAGGUGCACAGGAUAUUCAAUUGGGCGUGAAUGAGUCGCUUCUUGACACGAGUAAAGUCGUGUCAAGCAUGGUGGACGGCAUCAUGGCUCGUGUAGGGGCACAUUCAGAGAUUGAGACUCUUGCUAAAUACUCAACAGUACCAAUUAUCAAUGCCCUUUCAGAUCUCUAUCAUCCAACUCAGAUCCUUGCAGAUCUGAUGACUCUGCAUGAAUUGUACACACCCAAGGGUUCUGAACCUCAUACGAUCUCACCUGCGACCACCCUCAAAAACUUGAAACUGGCAUGGGUGGGAGAUGGCAACAACAUUUUGCAUUCACUGAUGUUACAGCUCCCUAAGGUUGGAAUGCACAUCUCUAUGGCGACACCAAAAGGAUAUGAACCUAAUGCUGAUAUUCUGAAACAAGCAUUGAAUAAUGCAAAACUUGCAGGAACAGAUGUGGAAGUGUACAACGACCCUAAAGAGGCAAUAAAGGGAGCCGAUAUUGUUGUUACAGACACUUGGAUCAGCAUGGGUCAAGAAGAAGAAAAGAAACAACGCAUUCAGGCAUUUGCAGGCUAUCAAUUGACAACCGAGCUGAUCGAGUCAAGUGGAGCAAAGCCAGACUGGAAGUUUUUGCACUGUCUUCCACGCAAGCAGGAGGAAGUCACAGACGAUGUGUUCUACUCCCCUCGCUCUCAUGUCUUCCAAGAAGCCGAAAACCGCAAGUGGACAAUCUUGGCCUGCAUCAACCAACUCUUAGUGCACAAGGGCUUCUAAAACAUAAUUCAAACACCGAAAGGCCCCAGUAG